AUGACGCAGUCAGCUAUAGAGCAGGGAUGCGAUCCCGAAGAUCUCGCAUAUGGGUCUAGUAGCCGGAGUGUUCUUCAUGAGUUCGUGCGGCGUUUUGAUAAGCGUAAAGUCCGUUCUGACGAGGAAGCUUUUAAUAUCAUUCACAAAAUAAUUGGACUGGGGUGUGAUAUCGACGCCUGCGAUUCUUAUGGGAUGACACCUCUCCUGGUAGCUGGCUCGCUGGGAGAUUUUCAAGAAUUUCAAAUCCUCGUCCGUAUGGGAGCCAAUGUUAAAGCAACUGAUGACGAUGGAUGUGGAGCUCUUUAUCUGCUACUGAUCGGACUUGAGCGUGGAAAGACCGCUCAACAGCAAGCCGGUUUCCGCGAUGCAUUGGUUACAGCUCUCAAGCAUGGAUGUUCUCCGACUAUACCAGACCAUAAGGGAAACACGCCAUUUGACGUAAUCCAUACUAGGUCUAAAUGGCUUGUGUGGAAGGAGGUACUCCAAAAGACGGGAUAUAAGCUGAUUGAUGGUGAUUUUGGUGCCAUACCAGUCCUAGUUUCUACGGAUGAAGAAGGAGUGGAUCUAAGAGCUCCUAUCUCAGGUAAAUCAAUUGAGAACUGGAGAGAAAGGGCGAAACCGUGGAGAGAUGAAUAUUGGUGCCAGGUUGAAAAACGUUGGAAGCUUGAGUGGGAAGCAGAAUAUGCUGAGUUAGUAAGGAGGAAGAAUCGCGAAGUGAGAAUUAUCUCAUGAAAGUGGGGAGUCGAGUUCAGAGAAUACAGGAGAACAGACCUCGAGGAAGAUUUAGGAAGCAGACAAGCCCCAAUGUCAGAACCACGCCCUGGCACUUAG